AUGUAUUAAGACUAGAUAUCCUUGGCUGACGUUGUGUUAUAGGAAGCAAGAGAAAAAUGCUUUGAGAUUGAAGUUAAGGCAUUUAAAAAUUUGAGAAUGAGAAAAAGCUAAUAUUGAA